UGUGAAAGACAUCUUUCGCCAAGGACACCCGCCCACCCGCGCGAGCACUUCUUAUCUAUCAGCUAUUGCUACUUGUGGCAGCGGAACCCUGCUCUUGACCAAUCACAUAACACCCUGCUGAUAACCACCAAUCGCCGGCAACUACACAACCACCACCUUGGGCUUCUCCUCCUUCUCCUUGUCUUUGUCCUUCUUCGCUCGCACGCAUCAAUUCGACAACGGCACGAGGUAAAACAGAUAGAGAGAAAAUGCCAGCCGUCGAGGUAGCCACGGCCCCUCAGCCACAGGCCGCAGACCCGUUCUACGAGCUCAAGCAGGCAGCCAAAAAGGUCAACACGGCCGUGUUUCCCGAUGGAUACAAGACGACAGGCCAACAUCCACCGCUCUACGACCAGGUGUACCCCUACAGCGCCUUCCCCAAGCACAUCACCGGCACCACCGUCUGGCGGCCCGAGGAGUACUCGUCCAACCCGGAGCGCUGGGUGCACCACUUCUCGGCGAGCGAGAUUGCCUCCUUCUCCGCGGCGGCCGACGCCUUCCUCGCGUCCGGCGAGUCCCUGACGGGCAUCAACAAGGCCCAGUUCCGGCUCGACGGGAACCUGGAGCAGCUCCUCGCCACCAUGCGCAAGGAGAUGCUCAACGGCAAGGGCUUCAUGCUCUACAAGGGCUUCCCCGUGCAGCAGUGGGGCAACCACAAGUCGGCCGUCGCGUACAUGGGCCUCGGCGCGCACAUUGGCUACCCCGUCAGCCAGAACGGCCGCGGCCACAUCCUGGGCCACGUCAAGGACCUCGGCGAGGACAGCACGCAGAUCGACAAGGUGCGCAUCUACAGGACCAACGCGCGGCAGUUCUUCCACGCGGACGACUGCGAUGUGGUCGGGCUGUUGUGCAUCGCCAAGGCGGAGGAGGGCGGCGAGAGUGAUAUUGCCUCAAUCCACCACGUCUGGAACAUCCUGCAGGACGAGCGGCCAGAUGUCGCCGAGCUCCUCACACGGCCAAUCUGGUACUUUGACCGCAAGGGCGAGGUGUCCCAGGGCGAGGACCCGUACAUCCGGGCCGCCGUCUUCUACCUCGAGACGCCGGACCCGGCAGACCCGGCCCGCGAGCAGCGCGUCUACUGCAAGUGGGACCCGUACUUUGUGCGCUCCCUCUCGCGCUUCAGCGACAAGGGCAUCAUCCCGCCCUUGUCCCCGGAGCAGGACGAGGCCGUGCGGCUCCUCGAGGAGACGUGCGAGCGCGUCAAGCUCCACAUGGUCCUCGACGUCGGCGACAUCCAGUUCGUCAGCAACUCGCACACGCUGCACGCCCGGACGGCGUACCGCGACUUUGGGCCAGACUCGGGCAAGCCCCGCCGGCAUCUCAUGCGGUUGUGGCUGAGCGUGCCCCAGAGCGAGGGCGGCUGGCGGCUGCCGUACUGGGACGCGGACGAGAAGAAGCGUGGUGGUAUCCAGGUAGAUGACACGCCGCCUGUGGCGAGGCUGGAUGCGGACUAAAAAAGAUUUAGUCGACCCGUGCAAAAGGCGUAUUGAUAUUGUCGGAAGCCGGAAGGGG